ACCGCAGCGCGGCCGAGGGUGAUGGGCGUGGCCGGGGCGGUGCUUGCCAGGAAAUGGCGGCGGUCGCUGUAUGCGGCGCCAAGCGGAGCCUGCGGGCAGAGCUGAAGCAGCGCUUGCGGGCCUUGAGUGCGGAGGAACGGCUGCGCCAGUCACAACUCCUCACACAGAAGGUGAUUGCCCACAGUCAGUAUCAAAAUUCCAAAAGAAUUUCCAUCUUUCUGAGCAUGCAAGAUGAAAUUGAGACGGAAGAAAUCAUCAAGGACAUUUUCAAACAAGGCAAAAUCUGCUUCAUCCCUCGGUACCAAUUCCAGAGCAAUCACAUGGACAUGGUGAGAUUAACGUCACCCGAAGAAAUCGCUUUUCUUCCCGAGACAUCUUGGAAUAUUCAUCAGCCCGAUGAGGGAGAUGUUCGGGAGGAGGCCUUAUCCACUGGUGGACUUGACCUCAUCUUCCUUCCUGGCCUCGGGUUUGACAAAGAUGGCAACCGGCUGGGGCGGGGCAAGGGGUACUAUGACUCCUACCUGAAGCGCUGUGUACAGCAUCAGGAAGUGAAGCCCUACACCAUGGCUUUGGCUUUUAUAGAGCAGAUCUGUCCCCAGGUCCCAGUGGAUGAGCACGACAUGAAGGUAGAUGAAGUCCUUUACGAAGACUCCCCAGCGUCUUAAAUUACACCACGACGACUACACUUACUCCUUUGUACUGGUGUAAAGAACAUAUGUAUAUUUUCCUCUUGUCAAAAAUCAAUCAAAAUGACUCAUUAAAGAGAAUAUGGAUUGUAAUUUUUAAUGUAAAAAUAAAAUAAUAUAAAAUCUUUAGAAAUCAAUAGAAAUGUUACUAUUAGAAUAUUAAUCCAAACAGGUGGAAAAUGCAUGGUUUUCUGCUUAGCUUUUCUGGUGUUAAGAUGUUAAGUUGACCUUUUUGUCUUCUAGUUUAAAUUAAAUAUUUAUGAGUAUUAGAGAAACAUAGAAAUUGGGUGUGAGUGAAGGCACUAUUUCUUAAUAUCCAGUCAUAGGCCUGAUUGCUCUGGCAUAUGGAGACUCAGCUGUUAUUAAUUGAUUUGGCAGUACUUGGUAUGGAUAAAAUAUUCCCCAAGAAUAUUAUUAUACCACCUAAUCAUGGCUUCAUUUACUCACCUUGAGGUUUCGUGUGUGACAUUUUGUAGCUUCAUGUGGUGAAUAGCUGGGAAUCUUUUGUGGUUUACAUACUUUGAUUCAGCUGAUUGGUCUCUGCCCUGAGGACUUAUAUAAGGAAGCAUUUCUGUUAAUUUCGUGGGUUCCAUUUGGAAAUGGAAGCUGCCAUGGACGGGACAUUGCCAGAUGGCCUCACAGCCAGGGAGAGGUACUUUUGUUGAGGGGGAAAAUUUGGUUAUCACAAGACACUCCGGGGUCUUCCUGGACAUGACUGCUUGCUUGACUCCACCUGCAGCCUGUCACCAGCUCCUGCUGGCAUUGCCUCUGGGAUGCUGUCUGCAUCUGUUCUCUCACUUCCUGCUCCUCAUUUCUUCAACUCUCAGCAUUUCUCAGCUCAAGUAGGCAGGCUUUGUGCUCAAGCUUCUUUUGCCUUCAAUUUAUUUCAGGGAUGAUCUGAUAAGACAUAAAUCUAGUGUAGACAUUCCACAUCGAAAUAUUUUGUAGACAUUUUAGCAAGUAGAUGCCUUCUACUGUGGAAGAAAUCCCUAGUAAGCCCCUACUUUUAUCAUCUCUUCCCUCUAUCCCGUAUGUGCAUGCUGUAAGCAUCACAGACCCUCUGCCCAGUACAAGCCUGUUUUCCUGCAAUCUCAAUGCUAGCUUCUUUUGUCCUGGGAACUGUUGGAUAUCUUCAGGACUCUGCCCUUGCUUUGUUUCUCCAGGAGGUCUUCCUUGACUCACUCCCCUCCUGCCAGUUCUAGAUCCUCUUCCUUCCUUUGCUGUGGCCGUUGAGUAUUUAUCACAUUGUCCUAUGCAGCAGUUACUAGUGUCCAUGUCUGUCCCUUCACGAGGCUGUAAGUUCGAAAGAGCUUCUUGUCUUCAGUAGAUGACUGAUGGAGAGUGUUUGGUAACUUUUUAAAAAAAUAUAUAAACAAGAUAUAUGUACAAUUAUCUCAUAUAGUUAUAUAUUCAAAACAUUUGCUUAGGUAGCAAUUGACCAGUUACCAUUGUAGUCUAUAAAGGUCAGAAAAUUUUCAACGUAUCACAAAGAAUGGUAAAUAUUUUACUUAUUUAAAAUGUGACUUUAUAAAAUCCAUGUCAGUGAAGCAUGCCACAUGUGGACGUUUCUCCCCUGUAAAUGAUGUGUUAGUUCUUCAUGUGAAUGAAUGCCACUGUCUGAGUUCAGUCAAAGAAGCCACUCCAUCAGGGAUUGGAAACAUUACUUUGAGAAUAUUCUAUUUUCUCUCCCCCCCCCCAUGUGUGUGUUUUGGCCAUAUAGGUACACUCGAAUGUGUGUCCAUAUAUGUAGAUGUCAGAGGUCAACUUCAGGUGUUUGUUGUUCCUCAAGAGCCAUCCACCUUUUUUAUUCAUACAAGGUCUCUCACUGGCCAGGAGCUCACAAGAAGGCUAGGCUGGUUAACCUCAAGCACCAAGUAUCUGCCUGUCUCUACCUCCCCAGAUCUUGAUUACAAGGAGGCUGCUGUUGUGCAGCAAGCACUUUUCAGACUGAGCUAUCCCCCAGCUCUACCUUACCUCAGCCAUGACAUCUUCCUUACAGCCACACUGCAAGAGGAAACUUUGUCCCUUCAUUCAACCUACCAGCCUGUACACGUAAUACUUUCAUUGAGGUUUUUCAGCCUGUCAAAGGACUUUUCUCUGUGUCCUCCUGUGAUGCUUCUUGACAAAAGGAUGCAGCUAUCUCUCCCCUCAUUGCUUUGUCUUUAUUUCAUUCACAUUUCUUUGGCAUGAAGAAUCUAUAGUUUUUAAA